AUGUCAACAGGACUGGAAGGUACGAAUCGCGCUCAGAUCGUCAUGCGAUUUCAGGGCUUUCCAGCAACAGAUUUACCGUCGCUUGUAUCGAGACAAAAGAUAGAAGACUCCGAGCAAGGAGCCGCCCUCUCAUCGGAUGACUGCCCCACCCCUUCCUCGCACACUUCGUCUGCUCAAUUAGAUGCCGAAUCAGGAGACUUUGUGGAUCUUGGGCCCUCCCGAUCGGCUGAACCAUGGCCGUUCAAGAGCGAUAUGUUCAAUCAACCCAUGACUGGGCCGCCCUGUGAUCCAGCAAGCCCUUUAUGUCCACCAAUCAUUCAGCAUCCACUGUUUGACAAUACGGACUCAAUGGCUAUCUCAGGUAUACUUCCCGGUACAACACUGAAAGUGUUCGUCAACGGCACAGAGCAGGUCUACAAUCAAAAAAUUUGGCUCGGCUUCGCGAGUGUAGUCGUCACUCGAAGACUCAAGGUUGGCGAGAUCAUUUCCGCUACGCAGACAAUCAAUGGGAUGACAAGCCCUCCGACUCUUCAUCCUCGAGAGGUACGGCCCAUCUCGGAGUCGGCUCUUGCUACAACCAAGCCUUGGAUCCAGCAGCCUUACGAGUGCGCGACUUUUGUUGGUGUACAGAACCUGAUGCCCAGCGCCCGGGUUUAUUUACGUACUUCACAAAAUCAAUGGAUUGGCUGGAGCUCUUUUGCCCGGCGAGCAGCCUCUGUUUCCGUACCAGCUCUACGAGCUGGUAUGGAGCUCAACGCACAAGAAUGGCUCCUUGAAGGCAGACCAAAAGAAGGCUCUGGUAUCAUGUCUAAUACGGUCACCGUUAGGCCUCGCCCAAAUCCUCUCCCAGCCCCGACUUUUGAAAACUCAAGUCUGUGCUUCGGAAACACUGUGUUGUUGCUGGGGGACUUGAUCGGAGGUGCAACAAUCUACGUCAUGCAAGAUGGUCAAAAUCUAUCCUCGGGCCAAGUGGCACCUCUCCGAAGAUGCUGGGUGUUCCUUUCGCGACCGUUGUCUCAAAGCUCUGUCUCCGUUCAUCAGAUUAUCUGCGGUCAAUCGAGUUAUUCUCGCCAGGGAGUACCCGAAAAGAUACCACCAACACCAGAGCUUCUCGGGCCAGUUUGCCCAGGAUCCAACUAUGUUCUUGUUAGAAAAGGGAUCAUUAAUGCUUACAUCGAUGUGUUCCGCAAUGGAUCAAUUGUUGCUAGCAGUGGAGCAUUUCCGACGGACACUGCCAUUGCGUUGGGCUCAAGGGAGACCUUCCAAGUUGGAGAUGUUGUCGAAGCAAUCCAACGAUUUGGCUUUGAAAACGGUCCUACCCAUUCCGUCAGCGCUCCUUCAAAGUUCAUCAAGGUUGCGAACACAAAUGAGCCCCCUGUUGUUGAGAUUACUGGCGGCGAACCUUUCUUCGUCAGCACCAACUCUAAUGAACAGGCUAUCGAUGGCCCAGUAUUCCCACGUGGGCGUGGUUCAGGUCCGUCCAUCCGUGUGAGCGCGUGCUGCUCGAAUGUCUCUUUGAAAAUCAUGGAUCCAGCAGGCAAAGUAGUCGCCGAGCCAAGAUUGGAAGAAAUCGUUCCUGGCCACUACAAAGCGACGUGGGCCUGGCGCUCCAAUAGCAACUGGAAAGUACCGGAUGGAGUACCAGUGGGCCGUUACUCUGCUGUCGCGCGCUCUAAUUGCGGCUCAAGUGAGACUAAGAAGCUCUUCUACGUUAUCUUUGAUCCAGGCAAUGUUGGUGGGCCCGAAGCGUUUAGUUUCAAUUCAGUUGCUGUAUGGUUUGGGAAUGGAGAAAACCGCACAUUUGCCGAUCGCUACUAUCUACGACAAUCAGACAUGAGAGUCUUUUCAAAAGCAAUCGAGGCGAUCAAUGGUCUUACUGACUCGUACGAAGCUGCCGGAGCUAUUGCUCGUGCAGAAGACAAAUUAUUCGGUUACGACCUUAUAUGGCAUACCAGAGACGUCUUGGACAUGAUUAACAAUUACAAAACAGCCCAGUGUGCAGACGACGCUUGUAUUUGCGUUUCAUUCAUGCGAUGCGCUGGCAUUCCUGCGCACCCGGUUACAGCUGACUCGUUCAAUGAAUACUAUACUUUCGACAAGAAAGGGCCCGCUCACUGGGGAUUCGAUACGUGGCUUGAAGUGCUUGUGCCAUUGGAGGGUAAGAUUCAAUGGGGUGUGAUACACAAUCACUGGACAAGCCCUGCACAAAGUGUUUACGACCCUGUGAACAGAAAAUGGAUGGGAAAGCAUAAGAAUGUAGCCGGCAAGCGCGAUAAUGAUAUCGUUAUCAUGGCCAAUGAGAAGUGGAUCGAUUCAAAUGUGGGCGACAACAUUCCCGACGUUGGGUUCCGAAGACUUGAGUGCGGCAGACCAGCCAAAGAUUUAGUAUUCAAAGCUGAUUGGGUUGACGAAUUGUGCGAGCUUUAUUGGGAGUCUCCUCACUGGCAGUGCGGUUCUACAUCAUCGGCAACUUGUCCUAACCCAUCCGCCCAUAAUGCAGAUACGCCCCAAUUCAAGUACAGCACCAAACCUAAUUUUGGUGGAAGAAUUCGAGGCACAAUAGAAGUUGACGCUCGAAAUCGUAUGAUUGCCGAUAGCCUAUCGGAGGAUUGGUCUUUAAUUCUUUAUAAGACCAAUAUCUUCGAGAUGAAGGUUUUCGGCGAUGAGAUUGUCCACACAAGCGUUCUUCCGAAAAAAGGUACAGGUACGACGCGCUACAACGUCGACUUCGAUUUUCCGGCACCGGACACGCUGUCAGAAGUCGAGCAAUUAGCGUUACGUUGCGUCAGUAUACCUCGAUCUGCGACAGGAUUGCCAAGGGAGAAGUACCACGUGAUGGAUAUCAAAGAGCACGUCCUAGCCGAGGACACGAUCGACAUUGCCUCGGAGAUCAAAAUCGAGCCCGCCUCCAACAUCAGCCUCCUCAGCCUCGAAAUGCAUCAGAGCCAAGCAAUCAGCACCACUGUCACCAACAUAGGAUCCAAAACGCUCAAUGAAGUCGUGGUGACGAUAAGGCACCCGUUCGCUCUUCGCUGCGAACCCGAACAUUAUCGGCUUGCGAUUCUAGAGGCCGGGAAGUCACAGAGUCUUGAUUUCACGCUUGUCGCGGCUGCUUCGAUGGACUUCGGAGGUGUGGAUGUUGUCGUUACUACAGAGAAUGGAGGCGCUGCAUCGCAACCACAUCAAUUCAAGGUGGCGAGGAACCAGAUUGUCGAUAUAGAGAGUGAGGCGUGCUCUGCUAUAGCAAUGUGGUAG